AUGGCGGAAAAAGGUCAGCCGCAGGACAUGGGCUCGUCCGAUGCCGUUGGUAAGAUUCACAGCGACGACGUCGACUCCGAAGGUCGGCGUGGAAAUCCCCAGCACAUCGAAGAUGGCACCAGAGCCAAAGAGUCGGAUCACCUCAAGCGUGCCCUUUCUGCUCGUCAGGUGCAGAUGAUUGCCAUUGGUGGCACAAUCGGCACGGGCUUGUUCUUGGGCACAGGAAAGUCAUUGGCUACAGGCGGUCCUGCCUCGUUGCUGAUUUGCUAUGCCAUCACUGGCGCCAUUGUCUUUGUCACGAUGCUCAGCCUGGGCGAGAUGGCGGCAUUCAUUCCUAUCGCCGGUAGCUUUUGCUCCUUUGCCGGACGAUUCGUCGACGAUGCAUUUGGAUUUGCGCUUACUUGGAAUUAUUGGUUUAACGAUGCAGUUUCCACAGCGGCGGAUUUGGUUGCGCUGCAGUUGGUCUUGGAAUAUUGGACGACCAAUUUUCCUGGUUGGGCGCUGAGUUUAAUUUUCUGGGUUGUCUUGAUUGCCGUGAAUAUCAUCACCGUCAGAGCAUAUGGCGAGCUGGAAUAUUGGCUCAGUCUUCUCAAGGUUAUUACUAUCAUUGUAUUCAUUGUUAUGGGUAUUGUCGUCAACUGCGGUGGCAAUCGUGACGGCCACUAUAUUGGUGGUGAAAAUUGGCAUAUCCCCGGUGCUCCUUUUGUCGGAGGCAUCGGCGGCUUUGCGUCUGUUUUUGUAACUGCCUCAUUUGCUUAUGGUGGUACGGAGUCCAUUGCCAUCACGGCUGGGGAGACCAAGAACCCAACCAAGAACUUGCCUCGAGUUGUGAAGAACGUUUUCUGGAGAAUCCUUCUCUUUUACAUCCUCUCCGUUCUUCUCAUUGGCCUCAAUGUCCCAUAUAACUACCCGAACCUCAGCACCAAGAAGGCUAGCACUUCCCCAUUCACGAUUGUAUUCGAAAUGACUGGCGCACAUGCUGCCGGCAGCGUCAUCAAUGCCGUUAUCCUUACGUCAGUCCUGUCGGCGGGCAACCACGCUCUUUUCGCAGGUGUGCGGCUAUUGUACACGUUGGCUAUGGAAGGCCAUGCACCACGAGUCUUUGGCAAGCUGAAUAGGAAUCAAGUUCCUUGGGUGGCUGUGCUGGCUACAGGCUUCAUUGCCGGCCUAUGUUUCGGAUCGAGCUUCAUUGGAGCUGGUCAGCUCUGGACCUGGUUGCAAAACCUAGUCGGUGUUUCCAACCAGUUAUCAUGGAUCGCAAUCGGCAUCGCAUCCAUCCGAUUUCGCGCCGGUCUUGAGCGCCAAGGCAAGACCCAUCUGCUUCCCUUCAAGAACUGGACGUACCCAUACGGACCCUGGAUGUCUGUAUUUCUCAACAGUUUCCUGGUCCUGAUCCAGGGGUGGAGCUGUUUCAGCCCUGACUUCGAUGCUGUUAGCUUUGUCAGCUUCUACAUUGAAUUACCCGUCAUGUUGAUCAUGUACGUGGGUUGGAAACUGGUCAAGAAGACCAAGUGGGUAAAGCUUGAUGAGAUGGAUCUCGUGACCGAUGUGCAUACGGCUGACGACGGGGAGCCGGAGAAGACAAAGGGGUGGCAGUCCAAGACGAAGAGGGUGCUCAAUUGGCUGUUCUGA